AGUAAGUUUUAGUAAUAAUUUAUUAAAGUACAUUGUUAAUAUAAUAAAUAAAUAAAAUAUAUGCAUUAUGUCACAAAUUAGUACCUCAAAAUAUAAUAUUUAGUUGAAACAAUAUAAUUUAAUGAAAUGUUAAAUAUUGUAAAACGAAUCAUUUGUGUAUCAUAAUUGUUAAAAGUUAUAAAGUUAUAUUUAUUAUAAAUAGUAAAAAUUGAUGCUAUGAUAUAAGUAGAUAUAUUAUCAAAUCUUAAUAAUUUAAAUAGUGAAAUUACAUAUCAAGUUCUAUAAAACUAUUAAUGUACAGUGUAUAUACAUUUAGAAUGAAUUUAAAAUUUUAUUUAUUUAUGCAAAUUUAUUUCUAUAUUAUUUUAAUUUUCAAUUAUUUAUUUAUAAAUUUUUUUAUACAUUAUUUUUCAAUUUUUUAAUUUUCAAAAUAGAAAAAUAUUUAUAAUUAUUUAUAAAUAUUUAUAAAAAAAAAAUUAUAUACUUGAACAUAUUUACAUAUUAUUGUAAUUUUAAGCAUCAAUGAAUUUCAAUUUCGAUAAGCAUUUAUAUACCGUUAUUGAAAUUUAAGGGAAAUAAUUUUUAAUAUUUCUUCAACUAUUAAUUUCAAUAUCAUAUACACAAUAAUGUAAUUGUAUAAUUGUUUACUUUACAUAACUGCCAUAAAAUAUUAUUUAAUAUUAUUUAAUAUUAAUUUAAUAAUCUUUCUUCAUUCUAUAUCAUAUUAUCAAAUUAUGUCAUUAAUAUAAAAUGAAUUAUAUUUAAAGAAUGUUGAUUGAAUAAUUAAUGACAUAUUAUAUAUUUAUGUUAUACAUAUAUUUCAUAGUAAUAUCAUAUGCAAUAUUAUAUACAAUAUCAUAAUCCUAUAUAAUAAUAAUAAUAUAAUAAUGAUCAAUAGUGAUUAGAAUUUUAUGUUAUACAUAAUAUUAAAUAUUUAUUUUAAAUGUAGUACAUAUAGCUUGUAAGUAUCUAUAUCAAAUGAAUAAAAUUAUAUGUUUAAAAGCAAAUAUACUUCAUUUGUUCAUUAAACAUUAUAUAUAUAUAUUUUAUAAUUUAUUUACUUUUAUUAAAGAAUUUAAUUUAUUUUUUAUAGAAAUAUGAUAAGAAAUUAAUACGAAUUUAAAUUUUAUUAAUUUAAAUUUAUACACAUUAAAUUGUAUAUAUUGCAUAAAUUAAUAAUAGUUUUUCAUAAAAAGUAUGUAUAUUAUUUAUUAAAAAUACUUAAUUAAAAAAUAUCUUUAAAAAAUACAAAUGCUUCAUUAAAAGAAUAAAUUUAGUAAGAAUAAAUUUUAAUAAAAUAAUUGUUUUAUCAUAUAUAUUAUUAUUUACAUAUGUAAUAUAUACAAAAUUAAUAUAUUUAUAAAAUAUUUUUAAUCUAUUCUAAAGGUCAAAAUAAACACAAAAGUUAUAUAUAAGUUAUAUAUAAAAAUAUAAGUCGAUUGAAACUUAUUUAAUAAAUAAUUUAAUUUUGUGGAAAUGUUUGUGAAAAUGAGAUGACAAAAUAGGAUGAAGAUAGAACUAUUUCAUUACCCGUUUCUUCUAAUACAAAUUUCAAUUAUUUAUAUGUUAACUUAAUAAACAAGUUUCAACUAAUAUUUUUGUUUCUGUUUGAUCUCUAAAUUUGACUCUCCAAAUGUGUCUCUCGAAUAUAUUAAUUAUUAUGUUGCGUGAUGCGCGCGCGUGAUGUAUAUCACCACUCAAUACGAGUAUAUACAAAACUACAUAUAUAAAUAUAGUAUAAUAGAUACUAACGAAUAAAGAAAAAUUGAAAAAGAAAAUAAAUCAAUUAAUAAUAAAUAAAUACAUAUUUUAUAUUUUAUGCUAUUCUUUUUAUAAUAAAUAAAUUUCAAAUUAAGAAAAAUUUAUACAUUUUUCUGAUAUUAAUUAUUUAAAAAUAUUGUACAAAUUCUAUAAAAAAAAUUUUACACAUUUUUAAUUAUUAUAUAGCUAAUAUAUUCUUGCAUACAUACAUACAUUAAAAUCAAAAUUAAACCAAUGCUAAGAAUAUUAAAAAAGAAGAUAAUCCAGUCUGUGAACUCUUGAUGUUUAUUUCUAUAGUUACUAUGUAUUCUUUUUAAUAAAAAAUUCUUAAAAAUUCAAUUUAUAUAUGUUUGUUUACACACGUACAGUAGUUUUAUGUAGAAUAUUUGUUGAAAAACUUUUAUAAUAAAAUAUUUCACAUCGUUUGUGAUGCGCAGGUUUAACCAGCAACAUGAUCACGAAGUAAUUUAAAGAUUAUGCGUAUAUCGUUUCUCUUACUUGAAUUAAAACUGUACGUUUAGUAAUAGUAUAUUAACGUAAUUAUAUUUAGAUUUGAUUAUUAUAGAUAUGGAAGUAGUUAGAAGUAUAUGGAAAAAUCCUGUUUUAUUAUAUAAAACCGGACUACGAGCAUCAUUUAGAAAUAGUAGUAGUUCUGCAUCAAAAGUAACAAAAAAAGAAGAUGUUUCUAUACAAGACAAUGAUUUACAAUUAUCAAAUAUAAAUGCAGAUAUAAGUACGCAAAAUGAUAUAACAUUUAAUGCUCUUGUUUCAACUGAAGAAUUACUAGCACAAAUAGGAUUGGCAAGGGAAUUUGCAACAGAUAGUAAAGUUGAACAUCCUUAUGUUGAUAAAUUAAAAAGAGUGCAAAUGAUUUUAUUUGAUUUAAGUCAUGCUAUAUUAAAACCGAUGCCAGGAAAAAGUAAAGCAUUUGAAAGUAAACAUAUCAAUGAUUUGGAAGAAUGGAUAGCAGAAUAUGCCAAUCAACUACCACCUCAAGAAACCUAUAUUAUUCCAGGUGGUGGUAAGGCUUGUUCUACAUUACAUUCAGCGAAAGCAGUAUGCAAACGAGUAGAAAGAAAUGUUGCAUUUUUGGUUCAAGAUGGUUUAUUGAAUAAAGAAGCACAAAUAUAUCUAAAUAAAUUACAAAACUUCUUACUAACAACAUCACGUAUUGCAGCUAAAUGUGAUCAACGUACAGAAAAUAUUUAUAUUCCUAGAGUAGAAGUUGAAAAAAAUGAGGAAAAGUAAAAUUUAUGAAAAAAAUUUGUAGAUUUUUAUUUUUAUUGUAAAAAUAAUAUAACAGUCAAAUAUUGUAUGCAAAAUUUAUGCGAUAAUAUUUUUUCUAAAUGUAUCUUCAUAGUAGAUAAGUUGUAAAUAUUCUUUGAUGAAAUUAUAAGUAUCAGUUACUGAUUAUAUUCUAUUAUUGUAUUAUUAAAUGUACAUAGUAAUUAAAACAUUAAGUAAUUAUUAUGUAAAGACUUUUAAUAAAACACUAUAAGACAUA